GUUGGAUUAUUGUCUUUAUGUGGCAGGUGGUAUGAAGAGGUCAUUGCGGCAAUUGUGCCAUUGGCGGUAUUGAUCUCGGCUUUUAUAUUGGGUGACAAGAUGAAACCUUCGGCACGAAAAUGGAUUAUUCUGUUAUUUUGGGUCUGUUGCGGAUUAGUCACAGUUGGAUUCAUCUGCAGCGCUUUAGCUAUAAUCUGCAAGAACAAGGGAGAGCUUGACAUUGUUAUCAAGCCUCUGUCGGACAAUCAUUUGUGCGAUGAAAUAUUGAUAAUUGUAUAUUCGGUUUUCUCGGCCAUUUGCUGGUUCAUGGCAAUGUUUAUCGUGAUUGCACUGACAACAUACUAUUUGAUGAAAAUAAUGAAACCCGAAGAUCUUUCAGCUCUUUAUCUGACUUUGAUUUAUUCUUUUGAAUAUCUGUUAUUUGUGAUUAUUUUAAAAUUACAUCUCAAUUAUUUCUUUCAUUGUAUUCCUUAAAUUGUGCUUCUUAGUUGAAGCAAUUAUGAACAAUCAAUAAUGAUUGAUUAUUAUUCAUAAAAUACCUUGAUA